CUCUGUAUUCUCAAAUAGUCAACAAACUAAAAGAGGAAAAUUCAGAAUUCAAAGUUCUACGAAAAAUUUUCAAAAUGGAUUUGAUCAAAUCAUCGACUUCAUCAUCAACUAGUAAGAGCACGAAACCAAGAAAGAACAAUGGUACUAGUAAUCAAAGUGUCAAGCAAAAAACAGAGGAACAACAGAGCAAUUUUCGAUAUCUGGGAGUAAGGCGAAGGCCAUGGGGUCGAUAUGCUGCGGAGAUAAGAGAUCCAAACACGAAAGAAAGGCAUUGGCUCGGAACAUUUGACACUGCUGAAGAAGCUGCGUUGGCUUAUGAUAGAGCUGCACGUUCCAUGCGUGUUAACAACAAAUCUAACAAACCAACUCGGACUAACUUUGUCUACUCUGACAUGCCACAUGGCUAUUCGGUUACUUGUAUAGUCUCCCCUGACGAUCAAUAUCAACACCAUCACCACCACCAACAACAACAGUUAUUGAUUUUUGGUCAGACCGAGAAUAAUCCUGCUCCUAACGUCGAUUAUGGGGCCCACUUCAGUCAUUUUUCCCUCAGCAACAUGAAUAAUAUUGGUGGCGAUAGUUAUGAUGAUGGAGAGUUUGCGCUACAACAUUACUGUAACCCCAACUACGACGUGCAUAUGGAAGAUGGUUACAGGUAUGAUAGUAAUACAACAUCAACAGAAUUGCCACCAUUGCCAGAGGAUAUAACAAGCAGUGGUUACUACUACAACUUGAGUAGUGAAUUUCCAUAUUCAGAAAUGGGGUAUAACAGUAAGAAUGAAAUGAUAAUUGGUACAAAUAAUGAAUAUCAAUAUGGAGCAAGUACAAUCACUACAACAAGUAGUACAACAACAACAGCUGGGAGUUUUAAUUAUUUUGGUUUUGAUGAUUGUUUACAGCCACUGCAAGAUGAAUCCAACAAUAAUCGUUUGGGUUAUUUCUUCUCAUAA